AAAAACUGGCCGUUCAAUUGGAAUGAUGACCUAAAAUCUCUUCACUCAGUCACCUCAGGCUAGUGGCUACUUCACUUGGUAGUGAGCCAUAAUCAAAUUGCUCCACACCCAAAGAAAGAUGCAAAAAAUCCAUCAACGAAAGUGGGAUUCCAAUUGACAAAAGAAGCUUGGCUUUAUUGACCUCCUUUUUCACCCGUAAUCCCCAUUUCAGACACUCCAAUAGUGCAAAUCAACUGAAAAAGCUUUUCAAUUUUACAUCACAAACAGAAUCCCCAAAUCUCUCAGAUGAAAUCAUACUCGAAUCUAUGCCUACCAUGUGUUCGACAAAAUGCCUCAAUGAAGGUCCCACUUUCCACCACCCUCUUCAACAUCAUUCUCCACCUUCAACAUUUCCUUCCACCUUUUCUGCACAAUAAAUUAUUCAAAACCCCACCCCUUUACAUUUUCAUUCCGAGCAAUCUUUUUUAUUUUAAUUUCCCAUAUUUCAAAAAAAAAAAAAAAAAAAGGCCCAAGGUUUAAUUUUUAAAUAUUUUUUUAUUUUGUUUUGGAGAUUUUGGGUGUUCCCUAUUGGGGAGGCAACAGUAUGCCAACUCCGGUGAACACAGUGAAGCAAUUCCUUGACACCGAAGCUUCCCACGCGCUUGAUCAGGCAGUGUCAGUUACGCGCCGCCGUGGACAUGCUCAAACGACGUCGCUUCAUGCCGUAUCUGCCUUCCUUGCUCUAUCACCUUCCCAUCUCCGGGAAGCCUGUGUAAGGGUAAAAAAUGCUGCGUUUUAUCCAAAAGUUCAGCUGAAAGCUUUGGACUUUUGCCUUUCUGUGUCAUUAGAUAGAAUACCCAUCUCACAGCCUAGUGUUGAUGAACCUAAAAUAUCAAAUUCUUUGAUGGCUGCAAUCAAACGGUCACAGGCUAAUCAGAGGAGGCACCCUGAUAGCUUAAUCACCGUUAAAAAUCAUCAGGAGCAAGUAGGGAGCUGUUCAUCAGGUGGGGUUAAGGUGGAGUUGCCACACCUGAUUGUAUCAAUUCUGGAUGAUCCAAUAGUUAGUCGUGUCUUUAGUGAUGCUGGGUUUUGUAGUUUUGAUAUAAAGUUGGCUCUUUUGAGGCCAUUUCAGGGUUAUUUAAGAUACCCACCAAGUAUUUUUGGUGGAUUACCCGACCCGGGUAGCUGUCGGUUUCCGUUUCCGUUUUCAAUUUCAGGUUUUGGGGAUGAAGGGGGUGAUUAUAGGAGGAUUGGGGAGGUUCUUGUGAGGCAUAAGGGGAGAAAUCCAUUGCUUGUGGGUGUUACUGCAAAUGAUGUUCUUAAGGGUUUUGUGGAGGUUUUAGAGAAAAGAAAGGAGGGCGGUUUUUUGCCUUUGGAACUACAUGGGAUCAAUGUAGUUUCAAUUGAGAAAGAUGUGUCAAAAUUCAUGACCGAGAAUUGGAGUCUAGAGGCUGUGAGUUUGAGGCUUAGGGAAGUGGAUUUGAUGGCGCAGCAAUGCUUAGGGCCUGGUUUGAUGGUAAGUUUUGGUAAUCUCAAGUGUUUUCUUGGAGGGGAUAAUGGGUGUGUAGUGGAUGUGGUGAAUUAUGUUGUGAGGAAGUUAAUCAAGUUAUUAGAGGUUCAUGAUACCAGAGUAUGGCUUAUUGGUUCUGCUGCUAAUGAUCAAAUGUGUAUGGAGUUCUUACAUAGAUUUCCGUCAGUAGACAAGGACUGGGAUUUGCAGCCGAUACCGAUCACAUUGCCCAGGCCACCAGUGGAAGAAUCAUGCUUAAAGUCGAGCUUAAUGGGAUCAUUUGUUCCCCUUGGUGGAUUCUUUUCAUCUCCUCAAAUCAAGGGUUCAUUUAGCAGCUCAUAUCAAUGUGUUACUCGCGGCAGCAUGAGCAGUGAAAAUUUUGAGGGAAAAAUGACUUCCGUUUCAAUUAAUGAUAAACAGAAGACCACUCUUUCUCCUAGGCUGCAUAUUGCUGAAAGUGGUGCAAAUAAUAUGUCCGACAACCUAAAGGCUGAAGGUAGCAAAGUGCUGUUAAAUGCUCCAGUAGCAGCUUUGCAGAGAAAACAUUGCCCUCAAAACAAUACUCAACCAUCACCCAAGCAAGAAGUUAUUCCAGAAUCUUUUCAACUUCCUACUGAUGUACUCUUCCACUGUCGUAAAGAAAAGGUAAAAAAUGUUAACAAUGAGAGAAGCUGCACUACCAUUGGGCCUUGGACGUCCAUGGAUUUACAGAAACAUUUGUUCUGUCAAUCAAGCAAAAUACCCCUUUUAAGGUCAUUGAAUAGUGGCAUUUUACCUAGUAAACUAUCAGAAAGUCCUCCAAGACCUGAGCAUCUUCUUGCUGGUGGAUCGUCUCCGUACAGUCUCUGCAUUUCAGGUGUGGACGAUGGUCAAACAUCUCCCUCCUCUGUAGUUUCUGUAGCCACGGAUUUGGGGUUAAAAUUGUUUUCUCAAGCUUCGAAGCAACAAAAGAAAGCAUAUGAGCAUUCUGCGAAUAACACUAAGGAACUUUUCAAAGCUCUAUUUGAACGAGUUGGCCGGCAAUGUGAAGCUCUCAGAAUCAUCAGUCAGAUACUAGCUCAUUCCUGGACAAGUGAUGGAAGGCACCAAAAGUCAGGUCUCAGAGGAGAUAUUUGGCUGAAUUUUAGUGGACCUGACAUUUUUGGUAAGAGGAAAACUGCGAUGGCCCUAGCUGAGAUUUUGUAUGGAAGCAAGAAGAACUUCAUUCAUGUAGAUUUAUGCUCUAGUGAUAUGAUCUUCUGUCAAAAAACAGUCUUAGGUUACCAAAUAGUAAAUGGGGCCGAGGCAAGAUCUCGAGGCAAGACUAUAGUUGAUCACAUUGCUGAGGAAUUGCGUAAGACCCCAUCCUGUGUUGUUCUGUUUGAAAAUGUCCAUUCUGCAGAUCCACUACUUCAGCGAAGCUUGUUGCAGGCCAUUAAAGUUGGUAAAUUUUCAGAUUCACAUGGUAGGGAAGUUGCUACUAACAAUAGAAUUUUCGUGCUGACCUCGAUUUCUAAAGAGAAUAACUCAACUCUCUAUUUGAGUGAGAAGCCAUUGAGCUUCCCCGAGGAGAGAAUUGGAAGGGCAAAGGGCUAUCCACUUCAAAUUGUUGUUAAAGGUGAUGAAGAUUACACUUUACAUGAAACGAAAGAUUGUCAAAUCUUCUUGAACAAGAGGAAGCUCAAUGGUUCAGAUGAGAAAACAGAGCAAUUAAUUAGCAUGGAUCACGUCAAGCGGCCCCACAAGGGAUCUAAUAUGUCCCUUGACUUAAACCUUCCGGCUGAAACUAGUGAAGCUGAUAACACCAACAUAGGAGAAACUGAUGAUGCAGAGUAUUUGUCUGAAAGAUCUGAUUUUUGGUUGGAGGAUUUCUCAGAUCAGAUAAGUAAGUUUUUGGUGAAACUAGAUUUUGACCCUUUUGAUUACGAGACAUUGGCUACGAAAAUAUUAAAAUUGGUUCACUCGAGCUUCAAUGAUGUGAUCGAGUCCAAGUGCUUGCUGGAAAUUGAGCCAAAAGUCCUGGAUCAGAUAAUUAUGACGGCGUGCUUAUGUGACGGUGAUAAAGAAGUCAAGGAUUGGAUUGACCAGGUUCUUAGCAAAGGGUUUGCUGAAGCUCAAAAACGAUAUCAGCUUACUGCUAAUUCUACUGUGAUGAUUGCUACUUGUGAGGCGCAGUAUAUGGAAGAACAGGUACAUGAAGCUUGUCUUCCCUCAAAAAUAAUUUUGGCUUGAAACAACUUUUGAAAUGCUGGUUCCCAUAUUCUAUGAAGUAUAGAUUGUAGACUUGUCAUGCUUUUAGCAUAUAGGUUAUAUAAAACCUUUGUAUAUGUUCCCCAUCUCAUUUCUUUUGUAUUUCGCUAUACUAAUACAACAUGAUGUAUGUAAUACUCGUAUGCAAUAACGUGUUUAGUUAUGCACUAUGCUGUAUAUAUAUUUUUAUUUUUCAGACGGCGUGUUGUAAUAUAAGUAGAGUUAUGUAUUAUGCAUAGA